GAUGGACACAGCCCUUGAAGUGCCGGCAGGGGGCGACUCUUUUGCUGAAUUCCCAACCUAUGAGGACUUUCUUAACUCACAGAUUACCUCCAUGGAUUUGUAUUAUCUGGAGGACGAAGAACUAGCUCGUCAACUUGUUGAACUAGGAUACCGGGGAAGUGGUGAAGUUCUGAAGCGGGAGGAAUUCGAAGCACGCAAACAGCUAGCUGAGGCAAGCAGGCUCUCGAAACGGAGCCAAAAGAAAACCCUAGCGAGUGCUAAUAAAAAUCUUGAGAAUUAUCCUUUCUUGGAAGCUUUAGCACAAAGAGAGGAAGCCAACAAAACAGGAAAGAUGACGUCUAUUAUUUUUAUCAGAGAUAAGAACGCUAAAGGUCAAGAGAUAUCAGGGUAUAUUGACUUUGCUCAUCGCCUAAAAACAGAGGAUUUCGAGCCGUACUUCACAGGAAAGAAAAGAGUCCUCCCAAAACUUACCGACCUCAGUUUUUACAACUGGGAAACCCAAAAGAGUACAUCAAAUGCGACUCCCAACUAUCAAGUCAUCGCUGAUAACGCCUCAGGGCUUCUCUUCAAAAACAAGAGAGAUAGAAAGAUCGUCAAUGUUGAUCCUAAAGCUGCCCGGCCUGGUGACAACUCAUCUCGGGUUCCUAUAGAUAGUCAGGGACAAUAUAUUCAGGUUGUUAUCUACGAUCAUAUCACCCGACGGAAAACGUGAAGUGUUUCUAUUCAAUUCUUUAUCGGUUUUAUGAGACCUUAUUGGCAUGAAUUCCUUGUCUUUACCGUCAUGAAAUGUACACUUGCUAACCAAUGAAAUGGUUUGAGCUGCAAGAUGGCUCUUGGUCAAAGUUUUAAAAAUAUUUAUGCUGGCCGAUUCAUCUGUAAUUCGUUGUAAUAAUUGUGAUACGAAAGAAAUUUUUAUAUUUUAA